UGUACCUGCCUAAUUUGUUUUGUAAAAACAUUGUUUUAAAAUUUGAGCAAAUAACGAAUGUUUGGUCCAGUGUCAUUACGUUAUAUAUAUUAGACGAUUAGAAGCUAUUAAGAACAUAUAAUCAUUUAUUUCUAUGAACUCAAAAAGCGAAACUGACGAAGCUUCAAGGGGGAGCGAAGCAUCAUCGUCGAAUAAUAGUGCGACCCCAAAUAAUUCCAAGGAUCAUUCGUCAGUAGGUUUAUGCGCCGGUUCAGGCUCGAGCAAUCCUCACAUUAUGAAACGUGCGGCUGCGAGACAAUUGAUUGAGAGAUAUUUUUACCAGUUGCUAGAUGGUUGCGGCAACCCUAACUGUGACAACAAAUAUUGUGCUUCAAGCGGAGAGGCAAGAAAUUUAACACCAAAUGAAGCAGCAGCGGAGGCAAUCAAACUUUUCUAUAAAGAAGCUCAAUUGUGUGACACUCUUCCUAACAAAGUUCCGAGGACAGAAGCAAGUACAUGUGAUUCCAGCGCUAGCACAAAAAAUUCUAACGUAAAAGACAAAUCUAGCGGAGAAAAUAAGGAAUCUGAUUCGGCGUCGUGUAGCGUAUCUGCAUAUAACAAGGCAGAUAAACCUGAAACUAGUCAUAAUAUAUCGCACGGGGAAAGUGAAAAGGUUAUUUAUGAUAAUGGUUCUGUGUUAACUGAAGAACGUAUAUACGAAUUAUGUGACGAGUGCCUUCAAACGAAAAAUCCUGAACCUUUAAUAAGAGUGUUAGGUGAAGCUUUUACACAACCCACAAUAUUAUCAAAAUGUUUUCAAAGGAAAGUCAAUCAAAGUGACACUGGAAAUGCUGAGAAAAAAAAAUUAGGCAAAGAAUCAAAAGCAAUGUGUUCGAGUGAUCCAGAUAAAGAUGUGGACAGUGUAAUGGGACCUGGGUUAGAUGUAGCAUCAUGUCAACGAGCAUUGCAAUACCUUACCAAAGUGCCAUCAGAAUACUAUAGCUCAGCGUUUGUGAUAGCACUAACAACGCUAGCAGAAAACAUAGAAAUUGAUCUCCGAAUAGCAAAAAAAAUGAGCAUGGAAGAUGUAGUUCACUGCUUUGUAAUAGCAUUUGAAGUGCCCGAUUUGGGUUGCAAUGACUAUUUGGAAAUUGCAUUGCCAGCUCUGUGCCAUGCCGCUCAACAUUUGUCAAUUAAAGCUCAAGCUAAAUUAGCACGUCUGUGGGGACAACACUGCAAAGAAAGCCUCCGUCAUAUUUUGGAAACCAUUCAGCAGUUAAUCACAUUAAGAGUUAUAUCAACGAAUUAUUCUCGAAAUUUCCAAGUUCAAGAUGACGAUAGUGUGACUAUGGCUACGAAACUAAUGAAGAUAGUUUAUUACGCAAACAUGUUAGCUGGAGUGAUAGAACCAAAUUUACGAGAAGAGCCAAUAGUGUUAACGAAUCAGUUAGAUCCUUUGGGUGACGCUCUGGAUCAUUUGUAUCCCUUGUCAUCGAUGAAAAAUUUUAAAGGAACACAGCAAGAUGAUCCCUUGGCUACGGAAUUAGAUAUAAAUGUAUUAGACGUUAGGAAACCUUAUUUGCCAUUUGAGGAAUUCUACAAUGAACCUCUUAGUGAUACUAUAGAAAUGGAUAUUGAUUUAGCUAAUUGUAAAACUGAACUAGCUAAUGCUGGUAGAAAAUUUUCUUUCCUGAAAUAUCCAUUCGUUCUGACGCCCGCUACAAAGUCCCUCGGCCUGUACUACGAGAACCGCAUCCGCAUGUACUCGGAGCGGCGCGUGUCGUUGUUGCACGCCGUAGUGGGCGCCGCGCCGCCCAUGCCCUUCCUGCGCCUCAAGGUGCGCCGCUCGCACAUCAUCGACGACGCUCUCGUCGAGCUGGAGAUGAUAGCCAUGGAGCGUGCACUGGACCUCAAGAAGCAACUAGUGGUGGAGUUUGAAGGCGAGCAGGGAGUGGAUGAAGGUGGCGUAAGCAAAGAGUUCUUCCAGUUGGUCGUCGAGCAGAUCUUUAACGCGGACUACGGAAUGUUCACGCACAGAGCCGACUCACAGACCGUCUGGUUUAACCCCACAUCGUUUGAAACGGAGGCUCAGUUCACACUCAUCGGUAUAGUUUUAGGACUAGCUAUAUAUAACAAUAUUAUAUUAGCUGUUAAUUUCCCCAUGGUCGUGUAUAGAAAGUUAAUGGGGAGAAAAGGAUCUUUCGAAGACUUGUCAGACUGGAAUAUGACUUUAUAUAAUGGUUUAAAGGACCUAUUAGAGUAUACAGGUAGUGAUUUAGAAGAGGUAUACUACCAAACGUUUAGGAUAUGUUACACAGAUGUGUUCGGUAACAACAUAUUUCACGAUCUGAAAGAGAAUGGCGAUGAUAUAUUUGUAACUCAAGAAAAUAAACAGGAAUUCGUGGACCUGUACGCAGAUUUCCUACUAAACUCGUCGGUAGAGACUCAGUUCAAGGCUUUCCGGCGUGGUUUCGCGAUGGUUACAGAUGAGAGUCAGCUCGGUGCACUAUUCCGCCCCGAGGAGGUCGAGAUGCUUGUUUGCGGAAGCAAGAACUUCGAUUUCAACGAACUAGAAAAAUCUACAGAAUAUGACGGAGGCUUCACCGCCGAAUCACAGACUGUAAAAGACUUUUGGAGCAUUGUUCACGGCUUAUCACUAGAGGAUAAGCGAAAGUUACUACAAUUUACGACCGGUUCUGACAGAGUGCCGGUGGGUGGCUUGAGCCACUUAAAGCUAGUUAUAGCCAGAAAUGGACCGGACUGCGACCGGUUACCGGCUGCUCACACUUGCUUUAAUGUCUUGCUGCUUCCCGAAUACGACAGCAAAGAGAAACUACAAGAUAGACUGAUGAAAGCGAUUAGUUACUCCAAAGGCUUCGGAUUACUUUAACUUUCGUUUAAGCCCUGAACAAAACAGUAAAUGCCUAUUGUUGUAAAGCCACUUUUUGGCGGCUAUGUAUCAUUAAUGAAUAAAGUUUGUUUUAUUUAUACAGA